AUGUCGACUGUAGGCAUGUCCCGAAAUACGCCAGAUGAAACGGUGGGGAAAGUGGCCUCGCUUUAUGCAGGCCCCGGGCACGCUUCAAAUUUUACCUCCACUGUCAAUGACUAUGUCAGCUAUCGAUUCGUUCUGAAUCACAAAGUUCAGACGAUAUCAAGCAACGGUAUUCCCGAUAGCGGGUCAGUUGCCGGUCUCUUGUUCGUACCGAGUCUAGAGCCUGAAGAUCCAUGCAACAACAUUACAGCUUCGUCUGUACCAUCAAAUGUGACCCGUUAUGAGGAUGUGUCGGAGUUUGGAUACUCCCUUAUUGGUCUCGCUCCCUGGGUUACCGCCGAGUGCUCUUCAUCCUAUCUAAAUGCCGCACGGAAAGCUGGAUCGCAUGGGCUGAUCUUUUUCCAACCAUCACUCAAUGAGACCGACAUACCGCCUUCGUCAGAUGAUCCCAGGUGGUUAAUCAACGAUGGUAAUCAGUGGAAGAUGGAGAACAAUUACCCAGUUUAUGCCAUCCCGGGUGCAGCUGGAGCGACAUUAAUAAGUGACCUCUCUCACUUUUCGGACAACGGGUCAAAUAUCACCACCAAAGGCAACUCCAGCGAGGGAUUUGCUGUACAGCCUAAUAGCGAUCGAUUGUUUGCUAGAGUGGAUAUCGACACAUCCUCAUCUGGACAAAUGCCGAGUCUCUGGGCUUUUAUUCUCGCAAUUGCGGGAACGGUCCUGGUACUAAGUCUGCUGCUGGUCGUCAUCUACCGUCUUGUAUUACGGAAGAGAAGAGAUAUCCUCUUGAGACGUAUCAAUGACGGCCAAAUCGACAUUGAAGCUUUGACAAUGACUCCAAUGAAGGCGCCUCGAGAGGUGGUUGACAAAAUGCCACUCUACACCUAUCUCGAGAUCCACCCAGAAGAAGAAACAACAAUUACUCGACUGAAUACACCGGACGACGACGUGACACUUGCUUCUGGUUAUAAUACCGCUCCGUCGUCUCCCAACGAACAUCACCAUCUGGGCGAUGCUGGACUCAAGAAACCGGAGCCAGUAUACACAAAACCCGAGAAAGGUGAUACAGACGAGUGUCAAAAAGCCAAGUACAGACUAAGCCAUACUCAAACAACUUGUGCUAUCUGCAUCGAUGACUUUGUCGCUGGAUCGUCAUUGAUGGGUGCCCUCAAGUACGUGGAAGAAAUCCAAAAGAAGAAGCAGUCCGAUGUGAUUCGCUUCCUGCUGCGCGUCCGAUGCUGGGAGCUCCGCCAGCUGAACGCCAUCCACCGUGCCUCGCGCCCCUCCCGCCCCGACAAGGCUCGUCGUCUCGGUUACAAGGCCAAGCAGGGUUACGUUAUCUACCGUGCCCGUGUCCGCCGCGGUGGCCGCAAGCGCCCCGUCCCCAAGGGUGCCACUUACGGCAAGCCCACCAACCACGGAGUCAACCAGCUCAAGUACCAGCGUGCUCUCAAGUCCACCGCUGAGGAGCGUGUUGGCCGCCGCGCUGCUAACUUGCGUGUUCUGAACUCCUACUGGAUCAACCAGGACUCUACCUACAAGUACUACGAGGUCAUCUGCGUCGACCCCCAGCACAAGGCCAUCCGUCGUGAUGCCCGCAUCAACUGGAUCUGCGCUCCCGUUCACAAGCACCGCGAGUCCCGUGGUCUCACCGCCACCGGCAAGAAGUCCCGUGGUAUCAACAAGGGCCACCGCUACAACAACACCAAGGCUGGUCGCCGCCACACCUGGAAGCGCCAGAACACCCAGAGCUACUGGCGUUACCGUUAA